GUUCGCAGUGACUUACCCGGUAGCUGUUUUCCGGUUCCGGUUGGGUUCGGCCCGGUUCGGUUCGGCUGCGGAUGGCAGAAUCCGGGCUAAGGGCUAGAAGAGACCGGAACCGGAACCAGCCCUGGAGGGAGCAGAAAUAGAUGCCGCAAGCUGACUGUCCCCUUUAAGCCAGGUCCAGUAAGACUCCAACCAAUAACUCUGCCUUACAGGGUUAUGGCCAUUUCAUCAGGUUGUCUCACAGUAUGGGGAAGAGACGUUGUAUAUCGGCUGCAGAGAACAAGCCAUCUUCAGGGUGCUGUGGAGUGAAGAAACUGAAGCUGUGUCCUUCCCCUGCAGGCAGUGUAGCAUCCUCAGUCCCACACAACUGCCAGCAACCUGAGGACAAAACGGUUGGACCAGGAGCCCUUACCCCACUCUCCCGGCCCAAUGGGACCACAAGUGGUAGGGAGCAGUUGGUGGUGACAUCUGAAAUGGGUUGCUACUGCUUUGAUGUCCUCUACUGUCAUCUGCAUGGUUUUCCUCAGCCACGUCUGCCACGCUUCACCAAUGACCCCUACCCUCUGUUUGUCACUUGGAAAGCUGGACGUGACAAGCGUCUUCGCGGCUGUAUUGGGACCUUUUCUGCCAUGAACCUUCACUCAGGACUCAGGGAAUACACCUUAACCAGUGCCCUUAAGGACAGCCGCUUCCCCCCGCUUACUCGUGAGGAGCUGCCAAAGUUGUCCUGUUCUGUGUCUCUGCUAACCAAUUUUGAGGAUGUGGGUGACUUCCUGGACUGGGAGGUUGGAGUCCAUGGAAUCAGAAUUGAGUUUGUAAACGAAAAAGGAGUUAAACGCACAGCCACUUACCUGCCAGAAGUAGCCAAGGAACAAGAUUGGGAUCAGAUUCAGACAAUAGAUUCUCUGCUCAGGAAAGGUGGCUUUAAGGCUCCCAUUACCAAUGAGUUUAGGAAAAGCAUCAAACUCACAAGGUACCGUAGUGAGAAGGUGACAAUCAAUUACACAGAAUAUAUGGCCACACGCCAGCCCCACCUACAGAACGGUACUGUGCAUGCACCUCCUUUGUACAGUCAUUACUCCUGACACAACGCUGCCCACGUCACAGCCCUGCUCCCCGCUCGCCGGCAAUGCCUGUGACCUCCUGACAUCCGACUCCUCCUCUGCCUCCUCCUCCUGGUCCAGCUACUUGUAUUACUGCACCAUCUUAUGAGCUUCACUGGAGGAGGAAAGCUGUACCCAGAGACUUGCAGUCACAAGAACAGCCUUACCUCACCCUAUGCUCUUCAAAGAACUCUUAGAAGGAAGAAGAGCUAAAAAGGGGGUGUUGUGGCCUCUUCCAACCUGUCCAGGAUAAGGAGUCAGCCACCCCAGGAAAGCACUUUUAGGUUUUUACAUUUGGAGUUCAUUAUAAUUUUUUUUAUAUAUAUAUACAUAUAUAUAUAUAUAUAUAUAUAAUUAAAUAUAUGUAAUUUUUUUUUUUAAAAACUCAAGGAAAGCCCUACAUUAUGAACUUGUUCUGUCCCAUUUCUCAAGCUUACAUUGGUAUUGACCGGAGAGGUUUAUGUUGAUUUUGCAAUAGGAUUGUUUAAGCGGCCUCAGAACUUGUGCUAUAACGAUGAGGUGGCUGGUAAACACUCUUAAGUUGGUUGUUGUUUAUUUUUAAGUGAAAAAUCUCUUAUUUAUGGACAUUUCUUUCUUCAUUUUUUCACCUUUAUCUCGUACCUUUCUUUUGUCUUCCUGAACUUAUACUGACUACCUUAGACAGUAUUAAAGAAGUGAGGAUAAUGUUGAAUGUGGUACUAUUUUUGGUAAUUGUCUAGAGGACAAGCUUUCCAAUAGUACCUCAGUCUGUAUUAUAAGAUGUAAUGUCAUCCUCUACUUAAUGCAAAGAUAAGACUUAAUUUAAUUCUUUACUUAAUUGUGCAUUCUCUCCUAUUCACUCUCAAAGUAUCCUCCACUUACUGUAUUUUCACUCUUUUCUUUAUUUUCGUCUUUUCCCCCUUAAAGUGUGGGGAUACACUUCUACUAUUGGUUUGUUUUUCUGAUAUUGUAAUUCUUUAUGCCACAGUAGUGCUGGUCAGGGGACAAACUAAUGGAAAAUACUGUCAACUGUUAUGGGAGUUUGAUGGUACUCUUGGUGGUACCCAUAUUUACCCAUAUAGUCUAUAUGAUUUCCCAUAUAUGCCAUCAAAUAUGUUAUUUGAGACUUAAUAUGAGAUAUGAUCAUAACUGCUAGCACAUUGGAAAAGCAGCUCAGGGGAACAGUAUAAACAUAUUUGGCAGAGAUGGGGAGUGUGGAUGGUUUAUGCACAUGAAAUGUCAGACUUCCCUGCAGUCAGUUUGGUCUUUAAUUCUUUGGUUCUGGAGGGUUAUACAAACUGUGAUGCAGACCCUCUAGCAGCAAAAGAUUUAAGCAUCACUCAAGAGUGUCCCCCUCUCCUAUCCCUUUAUUUAAGGUAUUACAAAGAUUGUUUUCCCUUCAUGCUGCUGAGAAUAAAUUGAAAUGAUUGAAUCAGG